UAUUUGUUUCUCUCGCUAGUCGAAAACAGAAUUUAGUCGCAAUGAGUGGAAGAGGUAAAACCGGGGGAAAGGCUCGUGCCAAGGCCAAGACUCGCUCUUCCAGGGCCGGACUGCAGUUCCCCGUCGGCCGUGUUCACAGGCUUCUCCGCAAAGGUAACUAUGCCCAGCGCGUCGGUGCCGGAGCUCCGGUGUAUUUGGCCGCUGUGCUCGAGUAUCUGACCGCUGAGAUCCUGGAGUUGGCUGGAAACGCCGCUCGGGACAACAAGAAGACCCGCAUCAUCCCUCGACACCUGCAGCUGGCGGUGCGCAAUGACGAGGAGCUGAACAAGCUUCUGGGUGGCGUGACCAUCGCUCAGGGUGGUGUGUUGCCCAACAUCCAGGCCGUGCUGCUGCCCAAGAAGACCGAGAAGCCCGCGAAGGCCAAGUAAACUGACGGAAGCUUCUCUGCAAACCAAAGGCUCUUUUAAGAGCCACACAAUUUCUCCCUGAGAGAGUCAU